AUGAUGCAAGCCAAAAAAGCCGGUUCUGGUUUCCGAUCUGACCCGCGUCUUUUGCCCCGCAUCCGUGACGUUUGGCAAGCGAAUGUAGAAUAUGACGCAGAAGAUAUCGUCCAUCAUCUUCAGCAAACUUAUCCAGAAUAUACCCGACGGAAAUUUCGUGAUUUCUUGAAAUUGGUAGAAAUUGGGCUUGGAAAGAUAAAGAAUGCUAACGUAGUCGACCUGACAAACGAAUCUAAUGACAUAUCAACAGUUGUGGAACGAAAGCGGAAGCUAGUGAUGAAAACUGCGAAGAGGCUUAGUCCUGUUUACGAUAAACCAGAAGCUGAUUUGAAAAAGCCUCGAAAAUCAUAUUCAUCGUUUGGAUCAUUGUAUAAAACGGAUAUUAACGUAGAGCCCAGUGUAUCACACGUUACGUUUUCAGAUAUUGGUGGUUGUGAGCAACAAUUUUUGGAAGUUUGUCGUUUCGUCAUGCAUCUUUUACAUCCGGAAAUCGAUGAUCUCUUUGGAGUUACUCAUCCUACUGGCUUUUUGCUUCAUGGCCCUCCUGGAUGCGGAAAAACAUUGUUUGCUCAGGCUAUUGCAGGGGAAUUCCAGCUACCAAUUUUGAAAGUGGCAGUGACAGAAUUAGUUUCUGGAGUAUCCGGUGAAACCGAGCAAAAAAUACGGUUAUUAUUCAACAAAGCGAUCGAAGAGUCACCAUGUGUUUUACUUUUAGAUGAUAUCGAUGCCAUUGCCUCAAAACGGGAUAAUGCACAACGUGAAAUGGAGAGGCGUAUUGUGUCACAGCUUGUUGCUUGUCUUGACGAUUUGUCAAAUUCGAUAAAAGAUGUUGACGUGAACGCAGACGACACAAAUGUAGAUAUUUCAAUCAGAAAAGUACGUAAAGGAAACCUGGUCCUGGUAAUAGGUACCACAAGCAGAGUGGAAACUAUGGAUCCAGCUCUACGAAGAGCUGGUCGUUUUGACAAAGAAAUAGCGUUGGGAAUCCCAAAUAAACGCGCUAGGUCGAAAAUAUUGAAAAUUGUGUGCAAAGGCCUUCGGCUAGAUGAAAGAGUAGUACUACAGGAACUGGCGCGCCUGACUCCCGGCUAUGUUGGAGCUGAUCUUAAAGCUCUAUCCAGGGAAGCAGCAUCAUGUGCAGUGAAUAGAGCAAUAAAUGGGAUAUUCGAAACAACGGAUGAACGUAAAUAUGGGGAGAAAAAAAUUGAACAAAUCGAGUUAGAAUUGCAAAAAAUGCUUACUUGGCUGAAGUCAUCAAAGCAAUUGAAUGAGACUGAUUUGCUGAAAAUUCAUGUAACCAUGGAAGAUUUCAACAAAGCAUUGACUCUAGUGGUUCCAUCGGCCAAACGUGAAGGAUUCGCCACUAUUCCAGAUAUCACAUGGAAUGAUAUUGGUGCGCUUGAAAGCGUUCGUGAAGAACUUAAAUGGAGCAUACUGGUUCCUAUAAAACAACCUGAACUCUUCGAUGAAUUUGGAAUAGAAAGCAGGCCUCAAGGAAUAUUGCUAUGUGGACCACCAGGUUGUGGUAAAACAUUAUUGGCGAAAGCUGUUGCUAAUGAAAGUGGCAUGAAUUUUAUCAGCAUCAAAGGCCCUGAAUUGCUAAGCAUGUAUGUUGGAGAAAGUGAAAGAGCAGUGCGUACCGUUUUUCAAAGGGCCAGAGAUUCUUCACCAUGUGUUAUUUUCUUCGACGAAAUUGAUGCAUUGUGUCCAAAGCGAAUGAGCAGUGAGAUGAGUGGCAGUUCAAGGUUGGUAAAUCAACUGCUCACGGAGAUGGAUGGUAUAGAAAGCCGAAAAGAAGUAUUUUUGAUAGGAGCAACGAAUCGUCCAGACAUUGUUGACGGUGCUAUUUUACGUCCUGGAAGAUUGGAUAAAAUACUUUUUGUUGAUUUUCCAAAUACAAAAGAGAAAGAAGACAUCCUUCGCAAAAUAACAAAUAACGGAAAACGUCCUCACUUAUCGGACGAUUUUUCUUACGGAGAUCUUGCUGCGGACCCUGCUCUUGAGUGGUUCACAGGAGCAGACGUAGCAGCACUUGUGCAUGAGGCGGGUAUUGUAGCUAUGCAAGAAAGCAUAUCUGGAAGCAAUACAAGUGGAUGUCAUCGAGUGACAAUGAGACAUUUCCAAAAUGCAGCCCUGCGAAUAAGGCCGUCUGUUCAAGAAAAAGACCGAAUUGUUUACCAGAAGUUAAAGAAACUGUAUGGAAAAUUGAAAUCAUAA